AUGGUGCUCCUCGGGCCGGAAGUCCGCCUCCGAACUCGCCUUGACGGGAGAAGCGGCGGUGCGGUAGCGGCGAAGGGAAGGGCGGCACGGGGGGCGCCCCCCGCCCUCGGGGCAGCAGGUGAGUCCGUCUUGGGCCCCGACGAGGGGGCUGUUCCUUCUAGCUCCUCUCUCAGGAGAAAAGGGGGGGGGAAUUGGGGGGGGCCCCCCAAAAAAUAAACCUUUUCGAUCACUGUUUGUGGGGCUCUAGCUCUGAGUCCAUUGGAGGAGCUUGUGUUGCGUGUUACAUUGCAUGUGUGUAUGUGUGUGUGAGAGAGAGUGGUGGGUCCCCCCCCCCCCCGUAAUUGCAAGGUGGUUGUUUUUGUUUUGGUUAUGUAUUUCGUGGUUUUGGUUUUAUUCAGUGGACCGCCGUGAGACCUCCGGGUAGAGGGCGGUACAGUGGUACCUCGGGUUACAUACGCUUCAGGUUACAUAUGCUUCAGGUUACAGACUCCGCUAACCCAGAAAUAGUACCUCGAGUUAAGAACUUUGCUUCAGGAUGAGAACAGAAAUCGUGCUACUGUGGCACGGCGGCAGCGGGAGGCCCCAUUAGCUAAAGUGGUACCUCAGGUUAAGAACAGUUUCAGGUUAAGUACGGACCUCCAGAAUGAAUUAAGUACUUAAAACCGAAGUACCACUGUACAAUGGUACCUCGGGAUGCGAACGGGAUCCGUUCCAGAGCCCCGUUCGCAUCCAGAAACAAACGCAACUAGCGACGGCACGUCUGCGCAUGCGCACGUCGCUUUUCGCCGCUUCUGCGCAUGUGCGUAACGUAAUUUUGAGCACAUGCGCAGGCGGCGAAACCCGGAAGUAACGCACUCCGUUACUUCUGGGUUGCCGCGGAGCGCAACUCGAAUGUGCUCAAACUGAAGCGCAUUCAACCCGAGGUAUGACUGUAUACAAAUUCAAUAAACGAUGAUGAUAAAAAGGUAAAGAAAAGGUAAGAAUGAUAGUAAUAAUGGUAAAGAUGAUGAUGAUGAUACGCAUCAGUUGAUGGUGCUGCCUGUCAGUGUUGGGGCUCUCCUUAAGGCCUGGUGGAAUGCAAAUUAGAUAUUUCCCUUCAAACACAUCGGUUCACAUUCGUUUGCUCCAGGGAAAAGCUGUGAUUGGACAUUGAAGCAAAACACCAAAGUCUUGGAAGACGCCUUAAACACGGACAGCUUCAUUAUGGGAGAACCCCUUGCAGAACGGAGCCCAGUCGGACACAUAGUGCACCCUGAACUAGAUGCGCAAAAAUCGUGUGCGUACCACGUUGCUAUUGGUGGUGGGAGUUAAGAGUGCAUCUGACAAAAGUAGCUAUUGUCCUUUUAAACUUUUAUUACAGAAGGCCUGUUGGUUUUGAAAGUGUUGCAAGACUUGGGUGUGUGUGUGUGUGUGUGUGUGUGCAUGUUAACUGAAGACUUUCCCUGAUGACAUAGUUUGGCCAGAAAACAAACGCUCUCCUAUCAGAUGUCAAGGAAAUAAACAACUAUCUGACUUUUAGAAGACAUCUGAAGGCAGCCCUGUUUAGGGAAGCUUUUAAUGUUUGAUGUAUUACAGUAUUUUAAUAUUUUGUUGGAAGCCGCCCAGAGUGGCUGGGGAAACCCAGCCAGAUGGGCGGGGUAUAAAUAAAUAUAUUAUAAUUAAUACUACUACUACAAAGCAAAGAGUUGGGAAAAGCAAGGGCUGUCAAGGAGGUGGGUUGUUUUUUUGUUGGGCAGGGUAAGCAAAAAAACGCAAAUGGUGGUAAAACCUUUGCAGUGUGUUGGCAUGAGUGGCAGAUUUUCUUAUCUGGGUCUGAUAUAAAGCAACACAUAAUUACUGGCGCUGAAUUCCAGGUGCCCAUCAAACUUUGCUUAAAUAACACACACGAAAAUAUUAAUGGCUUAACGUAGUACUAUUCGGUCUGAUUUUGUCCACACAAAAAACAGGUGGGGUGGUGUUGUGUAACAAACACAUUUUUCCGGAGUAUUAAAAAAAUCUUGGUUUUACAAGCUUAAGGCUGCAGAGGAAAACCAGAAAAAUUCAUACCUGAAGUACACAAAAGUGCUUAGAAGACAAGAGGCCGUCACUAGAAGUAGGCUUUUUCUGUAUCCUUCAGAACCAAGGACAAAAGAAAAAUUUGUGCAUCCUAUAGGGAUGGUUAGAGGUUUCAACAUCAGGCUCAGGGGGCAAAUCCACAAGUGAUUUACAUAGCCUGUUGCAGAUGAACACAACUGAGUUCUUUAUUUCUUAAUACAGUGUGUAAACUGUUUUCUUAUUGAUUUACUUUUCUGGUCCUCUUCCUCUCUCAUUGGCAUAGGUUUUUGAAAGGAUCCAAUUUCAAAAUAUUAAAUUUUUCAAGGUGUCUGUGGAUAGCUCAGUCUGUAGAGCAUGAGACUCUUAAUCUCAUGGAUUCGAGUUCCACGUUGGGCAAAGGUUUCCAACUCUAUAAUCCUAUGAUUCUAUGUAAUUAUUUGGAUUCAUUUAUAAACCCUGAAUACAUCAUGUUUGUGGAUAAGUUUAAAGUGGACUUCUCGCCUUUGUUGCUUUUGACUGAACAAAAUUUGGGCUGGGCAGUGGGCACAGCUAAUUUGCUGCUUCCAGAGAAUGCAGAUUCUGGUGCUUUCCUGUGUACAUUCCUACUUCUGGCUUUAUGUCUUAGCAUUAACUGAUAGAAAUAGUGUGGCUGUUUCUUUAACGCAAAGAACUGUUAAAAGUUGAUGUUGUCUUUUGAACCUUGGAAUCUCUGUGCUUAACACACUGAUUGGAAUUCGAACCCUUUGUCCCAAGACUGAUUCAAGACAAUCCUAUGCAUGUUUACUUGAAAGUAAGUCUCAUUUAGAAUUGCAGCAUUAAACUCUUUUUGUGUGUGUGAGAAAAGCCAAAACAAUAUCUAAAAUUAUUUAUUGUGUCUUUCAUCUUUGUGCAGAGAAUGCUAUGAGGAAUUUACAGUAACAUCUCUUGGGACUAAUUUGUCUGGAAUCACUUCUCUUUAAAGUUGCUUUGACACUAGAAAACCCCCGCUGCAAAACGGCUUGAGUUUACAAGGUAAUGGGCUCAGAGAACAGCGCUUUAAAGCGUGAUGCGUUGCAAGAGUCUCCAUUUACUUUACCCUCUGGAGUCAAUAUUUACCCAGCGGUACUGCAGCGUGGCAAACUUGCUUCUGUCUUUGUGUACAAGAGAGAAAAUGAAGAGAAUGUUAACAAAGCUGCCAAGGUAUUGUAUUAUAUUUGGCUUAUUAUUUAUUUUUUAAAAAUUUAGAACUUGCUUCACCAGCGGUUUCCAGGGUGGUUCGUAUAAAAAGACCUCAGAGACAAUGAUAACUCUCGGGUUAGGAAUAGUACAAUAUCCUCCUUUUGUUGCAGGCUUUCCCUCUCCCCUACUCACCCAACUUAGAGCAGGAGCCAAACCAAACUAACAGGAAUUCUAGCUAAUUCACAGCGCCUUGAGCUUAUAUGACUCAGCUUCUUCCAGAUUUGGCUAACCAACACAGCUCAAACUCACCAGCGCAAAACAUGAGCAGAAACUGGUGAAAACUAGAAAUACGUUAUUGAGCUGUCAGCAUUGAACAAGGGUAUACAGAGCAAGAAAAUAAAGUGGCAAAUGAAGGAAGAGCUGAGAGUUGAGAAAGACCCUUUCCCCAUCUUCUGGAUCCCGGGGAAAACUCAGCCAAUGUGCUGCAACUGGAAGUGGGUGUGGAGAAUGGGGCACAGCUGUAGGCAGCCUGAGCAUCAGCCACCUUGGGCCUGCCCAUGAAAAGCAAAUCCAGAGUGAUAGCCCUAUGGUGAUGUCUGCUGUUUCCAGAAAUUCUUCUCGUUGUGAGGAUUUUGUGGGUGGGGAGUUUGUUCGAACCCAGGGUGAGAACCAGGAGGCUGAGAGGGAGGGUAUGUCAGAAGGAAAAUGAAUUGAUACCAAUUUGCAUAAGUAACUUUGUAUUAAUGCAACUUUUUAAUAUGUAACUCUGUAUUUUUGUAAUAUUUUAUUUGACUACUGUUGCUUCAGGGGGUUUUUUCUACACUUCCUGGAUGUAUUUUAAAUAUAUUAAGCAGCGUAGAAAUUAAAUAAUCAAAUCGUAUCAUGUGAAAAUCAAGCUGUGCCAAAAAAAAGCAAUGUAGACUACUGUUCAUUUCCCCUAUUUUAAUGUGUGAUGUAUAAUGUGUGAUGCCCCAUACUGAGUGGCUUUAUCUUGCCUUUUGAAAGCACCUGAAAACUUUACGCCACCCUUGCCUCCUGCGCUUCCUUUCUUGUACUGUGGAAACAGAUGGAAUCCACCUGGUUACAGAGCGUGUUCAGCCACUGGAGAAAGUGCUGGAGACCCUCUCUUCUUCAGAGAUAUGCGCUGGUAUCUAUGAUGUUUUGCAGGCUCUUGUCUUCCUCCACGAUAGGGUGAGUUUUUGGUUUGGUUUUCUCUCUACUUCUAGGAAUAGAGGUGAAUGUUUAGGAUAGAAAAACAUUGGUGCCCUCUAGGUAGUUUGAUCACAAUUCUCAUCUGCCCAUGGUUAGGUAUAAGAGUUGGAGUCCACAACAUUUGGAGAGCACCACAUUGAUUGGCAUGGCCUAAACUAAUUGUAAUGUAUGGAGGGAGCUUUGCUUGACGAACUGGUCAUUGUGCUACUUUGAAUGCAAGAUAUUGGACAUGUAAAAUCAUAUGUCUUCAGUCUGCUUAAUUUUUUUUCAAAUGAGCAGUUUCAGAGCUAAAUUAAUUUACUUAAUGCUAACUGAUAGCAAAGCUACUGGGCUGCUUUCAGAUGGCAAGAAGGAUCGAUGAGUUCUUCGGAGGCCUCAUUCAGUCUUCCAGGGUAAUAUAUUGAUGAUUGACACUGUCUGGUUUUGAAACGGCAUAUUAGGAAGACCCCUUGGAUAUGCAUGUUGCGUAAUAUGUUCCAAAAGUAAAACAAAUUCUUUAUUGCAAGACCUCCUUUGAGCACUUUUUUGCAGAUAUAUUAAGCUAAUACUUUUGCAUAAACUCAUUAUUUGUAUGCUUUGUUUUGAACUAGAAAUUUGAUUUUUAAAAUAAUGCAUUAAAUUUUGGCUAGUGUGGGAGAACAGCAAGAAGAGGAGGUUUAUAUGUGUGUGACAUGCGAAAUGAUGCUAGUUGAAAUUAGUAGCAUAAAGAAUAGUGAUCUUCCUAUGCUCCUGGAGUUGGGAGUUGUGGGUUUUGCAGUGAAAGGAAAUUCAUUUCUGCUGGGAAGUUGGCAGUAUUACCAUCCGGCCAUAGGUGUUGGAAUAAAGGAAAAUGCCUUUUUAAAUACACAACAGAUCACGUGCCUUCUGAGGCUGGCUUUGUAUUUUUCCAGUCUUUUACAUGAUUCAUUGCAAUGUCUCCCAUCUGGUUUGUUCAGCAGUUGUUUUGUGCUUCUUCUGCAGAUUUGAAGGGAGCACACCCUGAGGCAGCAUAAAUUUCUCUCCUUGCCCAGAUAUGGUGUGCUGGGAGUAAACUGAGUUAUGCUAGUUAAAUUUGGCCUGGCAUACAGCUCCUCUCCUUGCAAGAGCUCUCUGGUGGCAUAUAAACCUCCUCUGUGGUUUUGGCAGCGCUCCUCUGGAGUCUCGUGACACCCAAUUAGUACUAACGAGCGCUUUAUGCCUACAAUUAUUCCCAGUCUUAUUGUAUGUUUUCCCUUCCUUUCAAAAUGUAUUCUAGGGACACCUGACACACAACAAUGUUUGCUUAUCUUCUGUAUUUGUGAGUGAAGAUGGGCACUGGAAGCUGGGAGGCAUGGAAACCGUCUGCAACCAGAAUGAAGCAACAGCAGAGGUAGAGUCACAUAGGCCACUCCUUUGCCAUGCCCAAGGAGGGCAUUUCCUGGCUUCUGGGUGGUCUUUGCUAUUGAACUCCCUGCGUCGGGUAAUUUAAAGUUUGUUAGGUUGAAAUGCGUGUGGGCUCAUUAGCAAGCCUUGUUGCCUUGAAAUAAAGGGUGAAGCCAGCUUGCAGAUUCCCUAAACCAGGAGUGGCAAACAUGGACCCCAGAGAUGUCGCUGGACUGCAUCUUCCAGCAACCCUGACUAGCUGGACUAGAACAUCGUCUGGAGGGCAUUUAAUGCUGCCUUAAAUGAUGGCGUUCAGCAAGACUGGCAGCUAAUGAUCUUUUAGCCAAAAGUUCACUAGCUCCUGUAGGCUGCAGUGAACAAGCAAGUUAUUGACUUAUUCGGGCAAUUUAUAUCCUGCUUAUAUUUGAACAAAGCAGGUGGUUAACAGCAACGUAGGUUAUACCAGGCAUAGGCAAACUCAGCCCUCCAGAUGUUUUGGGACUACAGCUCCCAUCAUCCCUAGCUAACAGGACCAGGGGUCAGGGAUGAUGGGAAUUGUAGUCUCAAAAUGUCUGGAGGGCCGAGUUUGCUUAUGCCUGUGUUAUACAAACAAUACCAGGGAAUUUCUGCAUUCUGUAAAAGCACGACUAAAUAGAGCAUCUGCUUUAGUAUCAACAUAAACAUUACACAUUACCAAGGACAAAAAUACAAGAAGAAAUUGACAAUAAACAUAGCAAAGAAGUAUACAAAAUAUUUCCUAAACGUGAAGUAAAAUAUCGCAAAUGAAAUCAACUCAGCCUUUUUUUAAUAACAUGGCAAACCUGAGAGUAAUGCUAUUGCCACUUGGGUUUUGUGGGUUUAUUCUUGGCUGCAUCUCAUGGUUAUUGAUGACACAGCUUAAUCAGUAAUCCUAGUUCGGUCCACUCAAUAAGGCAAAUGUUGGUUUAGCUCAGCACGGCACGAGAGCACAAAGGACUGUAGAGGAGUGAAGCAGCUGUGAGCUUCUUUCCAGGAGCCUGCACAUUCUCAGUUUCCCGGCAAGCCUUAGUUUGGUUUACUGUGCCAUGUGAGUCAGGCUAGUCUUAGGUGCAUCUUUCAAAUAAGAAUUUUAGAAGUGCUGUUAUAAGAAUUUUAAGGUCUUAGAUAUAUAAUAAAUGUUCAUAAAUGUACCAAGCAAACACGUACAUAAAUAUAUAACAUGUCUGAAGCAGCACAGAAAGACUGUCCUGAAACCAUUUUGACUCCCAAGCUGACCAAAUGUUUCUCUGCAAGGAGGGAGGAGGUGAAAAAACCUUCCUUGUUACAGGAAUUUAGUAAUCACCAUUUCAAAGGGAUGGGCAGACUACCAGGAAAGGCAAUCAGAUAAGGCAUUAUCAGAUAACCUGGCAGACAGAAAAAACAACAACAUUCAAAUUUCUCUUGUAGACCGCCUUUCCUGUGAUGUAGGUAUGAUGUUUGUGGGGUGGUGGUCUUGGGUUACACCCCUUCUGUGAUGUAUGUAUGAUGUAUGGAGGGGUGGUCUUGGGUUAACUCUUCUGUGAUGGAUGUAUGAUGUAUGGUCUUGAGCUCCAGGGCAGGGAAUUUAAAAUGUCUAUAUAAGGGCAGGCACACCUUUCCUGCAUGUGGGGGAGCACCCUGUUGCAACAGAUCAAUAAAGAUCAGGCGUACUAGCUGCUUUGCUUCUCAAUAUUCUCUGGUUGGCCUCUGUUAUUUUCUCCUACCAAUAGGGAACCCACGUAAGGACUCUACAUGGGCUCCUGGAUACCCCAUAAGGGAAAAAGAUCAAAUUUUGUUUACAACAUGCCUAUCAUCAUUAGCACCUCCUGUUCCUUUUGGCUGGCUCAGUACUAUGCAAUUUUCCUCUAUGAUGGAGCCGUAAAAGGAAACUAACUCCACAAAAUAGAGGCAUCCUGUGUAGUGGUUUUAUUCCCACUUUAAUAUAUCCUGUUGAGGAGUCCAUGCUUCUACAGAGCACUGUGUUGGGCAAGGCAUUCUGGAUAGCUGCUACUUCCGGGGUGAAACAGAGAGGAAAGACGCAGCUUCUUGAAUAUUUGAUCAAUGUAUGGCCAAGAUUAUAAGGAUGACAGCUAACAUGUGAAGACUUCUGUAGUAUAUGCUUUUCAUAAUUUGUCAUGUUUCAAUCCCCCUGAGAUCUACCGAUGAAGUGUGGUGUGCAAAUUUAAUAAGCAAUAGUCUUGCCCAGUGCUAAAAUCACCAUUCAUUGGCUCAAAGGCUUCUUCUCUCUUUAUAGUUCCUGCAUAGUAUCAAGUCAAUACGGGAGAAGACUGGCAUUCCACCUGAAGAACUGGUAAGUUUUCUCCAUUGUUUAUGUGGGAGAUCUGAAAAAUAAGCUCAGAAAACUAUCCAUUUUUAAUUUGAUGGGUGGAGCCAAUAAGCAGCUAACUUAACGUUAUCUUCUGUGGGGAAGAUACUUUAAAAGAUGCUAAGAUGAAGUUGCUGUUAAAUUUCUAUUUUCGAAUUGCGUGGGGAAACCCUCAAGAACGUUGUCUCUGGAUUUUCUGUCUGUAAACAUUUUUAACCAGAGUCCAAAUUUGGCUCCACAAAAUCCCUGCUUGCCUUUUCGUCGUAUUUUAACAUGUAAAGUGUAUUUAAAAUUCAGUAUCCUGUUUUUCCCCCCAAUUUGUGACUAGACUUUUAAGCUUUUGUGUUUUUUAGACUCCUUGCUACUAUAUGGUCUGUUGUUUUCCAUUGUUUUUGUAUUUUGUUAUGGUAUUGUUCUUAAUUUUUGUAAUUUGCGUUGAACACUUUAAUGGAAAGGCAGGGCUAUAAAAUAAAUUUUGUACAAACUGUCUGGAGUCAGAGGUGGGAAGUAUUUUCAAAGGGACUAAGCCAGUUUCUGCUGUGUGAUCCUCUUUCUAUUACUCUAGUCUGACGACUUCCAACUUCUUCCUGACGGCCAAGGGCACUCCCGUGAUGCCUACUCAUUUGGUGUAAUGGUUGAAAACCUGCUGACUUUUUUAAAUGAAGAGGGUAAGAGUUCUUGGAAUUGAAAUGGCAUCAUUGCAAAUAAGUAAUCCCAAGUUCCCUUUGUGACUGACUCUUCUAAGGAGCUGCUUUUGGUAUGGAAAAUAUGUCCUUGCAGUUAAAAUUGUUGCCUUAGCAGAAGAUUCACUCCGGAGGAAUUGAGUUGUCUAUUAUUUCCCCGAUAGUUCAGAAUUUGGUGGUGUUGUUGAACAAAUGUCCUGGUUCCAAAUAUACCCCACGUAGGAAAUGACUUCUUAAGUGGUGUGAUGGUUUUGUUUGCAAUUUCAGGGACAACAUGUCGCCUCUUAAAGAUUGUAACGAAUGGUAUUAAGGGACUUUAAUACACAGGGUUCCUCCAUGAGAGAUUCUACUGUAUUGAGUCUGAGCAACAGCUGUCCUAAAUGGAAGCGCUGUGCAGUAGCUAACAGUGGUUUGCUAGUUAAAAUGGUUUCUCAGCGCUCUAGAGUAUAUGCAGAAUGUAAAGGUAAAGGGACCCCUGACCAUUAGGUCCAGUUGUGACCGACUCUGGGGUUGCGGCGCUCAUCUCGUUUUAUAGGCUGAGGGAGCCAGCGUACAGCUUCCACGUCAUGUGGCCAACAUUACUAAGCCGCUUCUGGCAAACCAGAGCAGCGCACAGAAACACCGUUUUCCUUCCCGCUGGAGCGGCAGCUAUUUAUCUACUUGCACUUUGACGUGCUUUUGAACUGCUAGGUUGGCAGGAGCAGGGACCGAGCAACGGGAGCUCACCCCGUUGCAGGGAUUAGAACCGCUGACCUGAUCGGCAAGACCUAGGCUCUGUGGUUUAACCCACAGCACCACCCGCGUCCCAGUGCAAACAUAGCAAUGGCUUAAUUGUCCCACCUGCAUAUAUUAGCUAAGGGUUUAGAUAAAUAGCAUGGUAAUCUGCAUUGAGGUCAUUCUGGCAUAUUUUAUAUUAUUGGCCCACUUGGUGGAAGAGAAUCUGCCCUAAAUAUUCCCAGGCAUUCAUGCCACAUACCUGUGGAAGCUCCACCAGCUAAAUGGCACGAGGAAUGACUUCCUUAAGAGUACUUUCCUGUAAUUUAUCAAGUAGGACUAAGUCCUAAAGUAGAAGCUAAUAUUAUUUUUAAGGGUGUUCUCUCCUUGUGUUGGUUUGGAAGGAUAUUUCUUGGUACUUAGUGCUUGCAUUGCCAUCUGGGCAAACCUUGUUUUCUGCAUUCUUAAACUGCAGGAAAAGUCAUUCCUGUUGCUGAAAGUGUUGUUCUUAAGUUUAUGGUGCAGAAGAAUGAACCUUAAUUGCCCCCACUAUUGCUUGAGCCUGUCUUUUUGCUCUGAGUUUCUAACAUAGAUUUGAUUGCUAAACUGUCUUUCAGUUUCAGAGGACGUUAUAUCCAGCUUUCACCACACCUUACGGUCUUCUUUGCUAAACCCAGAUUUUAUGGGCCGCUCUCCACUGUCCAGUUUAUUGCUGCAUGAAUUCUUCAGGUGAGCAUACUCUUAGAAUGUGUGCCGAUGCCUUAAAAGUUUACCUAAGUAUGAAAUUCAGAGGUCAUCAUCAGAGGUUUCUUGAGUGUGGGUGAAAGGAGCCAUACAACUAGGGAUAUGUAACAAGCGUACUCCUUAAAAGAAUUUAAUUAUGGAUUAGGAGCGGGGGAUUAAAGUGACCAUCAUAUGCUACAAGUACAAUCAGUCCAAUUUUAGUGGUGUGAUGGGAAAUGAUGCUCUUAGAAAUCCCGAUUUUCUAGGUUACAUUUGCCGACAUUUCUCACACCCAGUGGUCGAAAUUGCCUAAAUUCUGGCCUCUGGUAAACAAAAUAUACUUCCCUACCAUAAUUGCAAGAAGUUAUGAUUAAGAGAAAUGUCACGGUAUCCUCUUAUUUGAAUUGUUGCGUAAUUCAGUUCUGUCAGUUAAUAUACAUACUGAAGUUGAAGUAUUCAUCUGAAGACUUAAGUAGGCUAAAGCCAGGUCCUAUAAUUUCCUUCUAAAGUUGAAAGAGUUGUAUCCACUGUUGGUUGUACUUUCACUAGACCCAGUUGAAGUUAAUGGGCAUGACUAACAUAGGUCCAUUGUGCUGAGCAGAACAUCGUUGGAUACAACCCCAAAUUUUAAUUCUACAGUGGUACCUUGGCUGUCAAACUUAAUCCAUUCUGGGAGUCCAUUCAACUCCCGGAAUGGUUCGAAAAACAAGGCGGCGCUUCUGAUUGGCUGCAGGAGCUUCCUGCACUCAAGCAGAAGCUGCGUCGGACGUUCGGCUUCCGAAAAACGUUUGCAAACCGGGACACUCACUUCCAGGUUUGCAGUGUUCGGGAGUCAAAAUGUCCGAGUACCAAGGCAUUUGACAACCAAGAUACGACUACUAAGACUGUAAGAAAAGCCCUGCUAGAGCAAGCCAUACACCCUUCUAGAUUAGCGUAUUCAGAGGUAUACUGUCAGUGGAAGUACAAUGUAGGCAUCAUGACUAGUAGCCUUUAAUAAUAAUAAUAAUAAUAAUUUUGUUAUUUAUACCCCCCCCCCCAAUCUGGCUGAGUUUCCCCAGCCACUCUGGGCGGCUUCCAACAAAACACUAAAAUACAAUAACCUAUUAAACAUUAAAAGCUUCCCUAAACAGGGCUGCCUUUAGAUGUCUUCUAAAAGUUUGGUAGUUGUUGUUCUCUUUGACAUCUGGUGGAGGGUGUUCCACAGGGUGGGUGCCACUACCGAGAAGGCCCUCUGCCUUCGGUUUCCUGUAACUUGGCUUCUUACAGCGAGGGAACCGCCAGAAGGCCCUCAGAGCUGGACCUCAGCGUCCGGGCAGAACGAUGGGGGUGGAGAUGCUCCUUCAGGUAUACUGGGCCGAGGCCAUUUAGGGCUUUAAAGCUCAACGCCAACACUUUGAAUUGUGCUCGGAAACGUACUGGGAGCCAGUGUAGUUCUUUCAAGACCGGUGUUCUAUGGUCUUGGCGGCCGCUCCCAGUCACCAGUCUAGCUGCCGCAUUCUGGAUUAGUUGUAGUUUCUGGGUCACCUUCAAAGGUAGCCCCACGUAGAGCGCAUUGCAGUAAUCGGCUGCUCCUCCAUGAAUGUCUCACCCCCUUUUAAAGCCGUCAGGGAUGGUGGGGGCCAUCAAUCGCUACAUCAUGUAGAAGUGAAUCCCAUACAGAGGCGCCAACUCACCAGUUACAUGGGGGGGGUGCAUCACAUGACGCAUCCGCUCUAGUGGGACAUGCUGCGGGGAGGAGGAGGAGCGCAGUGCUGGGCUCUUCUGCUCGCCCUUGCUCAUCCCAUCCCCCUUUCGGCUUCUGGGUGUGGGCUGGGGUGCCUAGCAGUGACGGGGAUGUCGCCCCCCUCAAUAUUGGGGGGGCUGGACCUCCUGAUUCUAAAUAUUGAGGGGGCUGGAGCCCCUAGCACCCCCUAUACCUGGCGCCAGUGAUCUCAUACCACCAUGUAAAUAAGUACUUUUGUCUUUCCUCAUUCUUCCAGCAUUCAGUUUCAUUAGAUAACCCCUUGAUUUCCAGCAGCAUGAAAUGAGAGGGAAAAGCUUACCGUACUUUCUCUAUCUCUACUUUACUUUACUUAAGCGUUUCUGUUCCUUUGUGGAUACCAAAUUCCUUUUGCUUCUGCUUCUCAAUUCUUGAUGCAUAGUGACUUUUUUUUCAUUAUCAGAAAUGAUUUUCUGGAAGUUGUGAGUUUUCUGAACAGUCUAACACUGAAAACGGAAGAGGAGAAAACUGAAUUUUUCAAGUAAGUGAAAAAUGUCAGUAGCUAAUUGAUUACUUAGGUUAGCUUGCCACUAUUUAUAAAAAGUCUUCUUUUCUAUAGUAUUUUUAUUAGUAUUUUCUCUGGUAACUGUGGGCAUCAACUGUGCGAUUUGGUUUUAAUGCACAGAUUGAAAAGGGGUCCUUUUAACUCCAAAAAAGCUGUGGUAACAUUCUUGAAAAACGUUGUUUUGUGUCUGUCAGAACAGUGGCACGUUGCAGAAAAAUAUCUUCCUUUUGCAAUGACUGCAAGUGACGUCCUGUCUAAUUACUAGUUCUCAUGUAUAUGAGGGUGCAAAUGAGAAUCACGGUCUCAACUAGUUCAUUUUAGGACCGUAACUUAGUGGCAACAGAGCCCCCACUUUAGACAGUUGGGUAUUAGUUCAUUUGUGAAGCAUGCAGUGAACAUUUCUCUCCCCCAUGCCCAUUCCAUAUUUUCAACAUAAACAAUAAGCACCAUUUUCUUGCAAAAAAAAAAGGAUACUACAUUUUAAAAGUAAAAAUAACCAAAGCCAUUAUACAUAGGGUUGGGGAAGUUAGCUGGUUGAGCGCUACUGGUCUGAAUGGUGGCCUGAUCAUGCAAAUAAUUGUGUAGGACUGAGCUAUGAUAUGUAGGACUGAAAGAAUUGCACUCUGUAGAUGUUUAGAGACACUUGACGUUCCUCACUUCAAGCACACCAGUACUCUAAUGUAUAGGCAUACACAGCAAGGGCAUAGAAAUCUUUUGCUUUCAAGGGCUCCAUUCCUUCUGGAGAAAUCACUCGGGGCCAGCAUGGGUGAGACUUAAGCAGUCUUCAAAAAUGCAGAUAAAUCAGAACAUCUAGCCGCUAUACAUGUGACCAAAUAACACUGUGAUACAAGCUUCAGUGUAACAAAAAAUGAAAAUUAUCUCUUCAAAUGAAUAAAUCUUUACUGCAUUCAGUGGGACUUGCUCCCAGGUGUGUCUUGGAUCUGGAAAUACCAGAAAUAGAUUUGCCAUUCCCGAAAGGAUUGUGUCCACUGCUCUAUUGCCAUAGCCCUGGGCUCCCAAGUCACUGGGCAUUUAUACAACUGAUACACUCCGCCAGUGUUUGGGUUGUAAAUGGGCGAGCGAGAAAGGAGAGGGGAGGAAAUUGGUGCAGCAAUUGCAUUGCGAGGCAAUAAUGGCAAAGGCUGAGCAAUUUCUCUCUCAACACAGAUUCCUGCUGGACAGAGUGGCUGGCUUGUCAGAAAAGUUGAUCGCUUUGCGGUUGGUACCUCUGUUGCUCAAUCAGCUUGUGUUUGCUGAGCCAGUAGCUGUCAAGAGCUUCCUUCCCCAUCUCCUUGGUCCAAGAAAAGGUGAAAUUUUCAUUAUCUCUUCAGAUUAAGCGCAACGCAUUAGAAGUGUGAGUGCAUGGAGAAUUUCAAGCUGUGCUGAAGGGGACAGCUGUACCAUUAUAUACCUGCCCACAAUACGGCCGUUCUUCCCUGUUGCUGCCUCUCCUUCUCGCUUGAUGCUCUAACUCCCUUGUAGGGAUUAGCUUGUCCUCUGGCCUAAACGUACCAGGCAGAAGAAAGGUACUCUGCUGCUUACCCACUGAUGCUGUUCCUUUUCCCUUAAGACUCCAGACUGCUCUUCCUAUAGUGCCUGCCCACCUACAACCACGAGAAGAGUCAAUAGGUCAAUGCAUUGGACUUGCCGCUGCUUCGUCAUUUAUUUGUGUACCAUCUUUAGACCAUGAUUCUCAAGGUGGCUUGCUGUAACUCUCGCAGAGCCAUACAACCAGCAGCCCUUAGUGCAAUGCCUGCGGACUGUCUCGCCAGAGUGGUGCAUGCUCUGGUUAUCUCCCGCUUGGACUACUGCAAUGCACUCUACAUGGGGCUACCUUUGAAGGUGACUCGGAAACUACAACUAAUCCAGAAUGCGGCAGCUAGACUGGUGACUGGGGGCGGCCGCCGAGACCAUAUAACACCGGUCUUGAAAGACCUACAUUGGCUCCCAGUACGUUUCCGAGCACAAUUCAAAGUGUUGGUGCUGACCUUUAAAGCCCUAAACGGCCUCGAUCCUGUAUAUCUGAAGGAGCGUCUCCACCCCCAUCGUUCUGCCCGGACACUGAGGUCCAGUGCCGAGGGCCUUCUGGCGGUUCCCUCAUUGCAAGAAGCAAAGCUACAGGGAACCAGGCAGAGGGCCUUCUCGGUAGUGGCGCCCGCCCUGUGGAACGCCCUUCCAGCAGAUGUCAAAGCGAUAAACAACUACCUGACAUUCAGAAGACAUCUUAAGGCAGCCCUGUUCAGGGAAGUUUUUAACGUGUGAUAUUUUAGGUUUCUAUGGAAGCCGCCCAGAGUGGCUGGGGAGGCCCAGCCAGAUGGGCGGGGUAUAAAUAAUAAUAAUAAUAAUAAUUAUUAUUAUUAUUAUUUAUGAGACCCGAGCAUGCUUUUCUUCCGUUUUACAAUCCCAGGCCAACUGGGGAGUUUGGGGGCAGAGAAGAAGCAUUCCCUGCAGCUGCUGCUUCUCUGGCUGAUGGAAGCGCUAAGCUUCUGCUCCCAGCUGUAGCAUCCCUAGAGAAAAACUGCCACACAUUACUGUAAUAUUGAAGGCUUUGUGGUAGUAGAGACAUUUUCCUGUCUGUGCUGGCGGUUUCAAAUCGCCAACUUCAGCAGACACCCUGUUGACCCUUCCAACCCUUUUUGCUUUAGAUAAAGUGGGCGAGAGCCAAAUCAAUGGCCUGCUGUCUCCGGCCGUGUUCCAGGCGCACGUCAGCCCCGUGCUGCUGAAACUGUUUGAGGUGCAUGAAGAGCACGUUCGGAUGGUAUUGCUGUCUCACCUAGAUGCCUAUGCAGAGCUGUUCACUCAGAAAGAGCUGAAAAAUGUAAUAUUGCCACAGGUGAAUAUGACAAGGCAGGAAUCUGGACUAACGUAUCAAGAAAGCACUUGUUUCUGUGGUGGGGUUCCCGACAAAAUAAAGACUGUCUGGCACUGGAACAAGUCAAUCUUAUUGCCCAUAUCUAUAAAUUAUAUCCACGUGUCCUAUCUCCCCCCUCCUUUAGCUUUGCUACUGUCUCCCUGUGCAGAAACAAAUGUGCCCUUCUCCUAAAGCAGGGCCAGGAAACGGGGGCCUCCAUCCCUGUUUAUUGGCCAUGCUGGGAACUGAAUUCGAAUCACACAGAUUUCCCAUCCCUGUCGUACAGCCCAUGCUAUGCAAUCAUAGCCCUAUUUCCCGUUUAGACGACAAACCCUGCUUAUUGGCAUGUUGACUCACACUGAACCUCCUUCUCCAAACCCUUAUGUCUGUGUUCAGGGUUAGAAUUCACCAUAAGCAGAUGCUAUCUAGUGUCUCAUUAUUACUGGUUUUGUGAAGAAGCCAGGGUGUUGAAGGGAGGUGGGCUUGCUCACUUACCCACAUUGGUUUGAGAAGGAAGUUGGCGAGAGGAAUGAGGCAUGUCCCAGGGACCUCCCCCCAGAUGGUUGGGCUGUCAAGAGGAUUAAGAACCUGCAGCAAACGGUUCCCCAGUUGAACGGGCUUGUGCUUGAUAGCCUGUCCUUAUUCUAGGUUUUACUGGGGCUGCGAGAUACCAGUGACUCUCUGGUGGCUGCAACGCUGCAAAGCUUAGGGGUGCUGGUUUCACUGCUCGGACCAGAAGUUGUUGUGGGAGGUGACAGGACAAAGAUCUUCAAAAGCUCAGCUCCAAGCUUCACGAAAACCACAGACCUUUCCCCAGAAGGUAAGUAGGUUUCAAGCUCUCCUACAAAUCAGUUGAGCUGCACAUAGGUCUGCUCUUCUCCUCAAACCAGAACAGAGAUUGUAACUGGAGUAACAGACUAUAAUUAGUGAACUAUUUUCUGAAAGACACGGCAUUGAUGCUCUGAUUAGGAAAGCACCAGGGCUUAUGGUUAGCUCUCAGCUGAACCCACUAAUUUUCUCUUCAGGGUUGGGAUGUUUAGGCAACCAGUUCUAAACAGAAAAUUUACUUGUGGCAUGUGAGUCAAAAGUGCACUGGGUGACUAGUGGUUAGUAGAGGUCAUUGCUCCCAUUGAUGGAACAAGCCUAAUAAAAAAUAUUACACGCUAAUUGUAAUAGGCUGAGCUGUUCAUAUUUUGUGUGCAUGCUGAGCAGCCGGUCGUCCUCUCAUCCCCCCCCCCCCCCGAGCUCCUGAAUCUAUUUUAAAUGGAACCUUUACUUAAAAUUUAAGUAUGCGUGGGUAGAAUCUCUCUUGGGUGGAGGGGGAACAAACUCUCAUUUAAAGUCUUCCAGAAUCUUGAAAUUGUCUCUGCAGAUGAUCCUCCUUUCUCUAAUCAAGCUGUUUGAGUCUGGUGUUCAAGUUUAUGCAAAAGGUUUGGUGCCUACCUUCCUAAAUGUAUGUUUGUGUUGUCACAACAGUUUUUAAUGGGUUUAUGACAACACCACAGUGCCUAAAAGCCCAGCUUAGGUAUCUUUCAUUCCACCAAGGGCACAUGGACCUCUGGCAACAAUGAUUAACAGCUUUCAUCCCUUUCCAGCUCUCACUUCCGUUGGUUUGGAGAAUGUAAGUGACAGCAGGAGUCUCCCAUGCUGUUAUAUAUCUUCUCCCAAACUACAACACAAAGGAAAUAAAAUCUGCUCCUGCUCCCCCAGCUAGGCUUGCAGUGUUUGAAGUUUCUUUUUUUAAAAAAAAAAGCACAACAGACUCUGCUGUUUCUUCCUGUCUUCAUAGCCUAACAAGUGAGAGAAAUCCCUGUCUUUCCCCAAGACCUGUUUGUGGGAAAUCAGGGCAGAGUGAUCAAAUGUGCUUGGUAUGCUAAAAAGUGCAACUGACAAAAAUAAAUUCCAGUUAAGUACAAAUACUAAAUGUAUUCUGCUUGGUUGGCUUCAUUAAAGUAUGCCAGAAUUCAAAAUAAAUUUAGCUAUACUUUAAACUGCUUAGAAUUAUACCUUUGCGUAUGAAUAAGUGGAAGUUUUGAAAAGCAAAUAUUGUUGAUAGAUGAUUUUUCCAUAUUUUUUUGGUUUGUGUAUCCUUGUAGACUCUCCUAAUCAUGUAGUAAGUUGCCAGAGAAGGCUUAUUUAUCAGCCCCUGCAGAAGAAUAACUCCAUGUUUCUCAAGUGCCCCAGCUCUGGGAAUCUUCCCUUCAGCAGCAGGAACCAUGUGCCAAGGCAAGAUUCUCAUGUCGCCUUAAGGGAAGGUAAUCCUGGCUUUUUCUUUUUCAUUGCCACAGUCCUUGCUUCUAAAAAGGCUCUGAAGAUUCUGCAAUGCCUUCUGCUCUAUGGGAAAAAAUCUAGCAUUUAUAGCUCUUAGCCACUUUAGACAGCAGACCUUUCAUAUCAUUGAACUUACUAUUUUUAACUGGUUAGGUUGAUAGCCGCAAGAGAUGUCAGGCUAGGUUAAUAUGUUCUGAUCUGGUGGACUUUUCUUCAGCUUGAUUACCUUUUAUGUCUCUUCAGUGCAAGCAGUCAUGUAUGUUGGUGUGUUUAAACUUUUAUAAUGCAUCCCUCCUCAAAACAGACAUAUGCUCUGUGUCUUUCACAGGAGAACAAGACUCUCUGCACUUAAGCAGUGUCCCUGGUGGACUAAAUAUAUUGAGGAAUGGUGGAAAUUAUCAGCAUGCAGUUGAGAAAAUAGGAGAGGAAUGGCCAGACUGGAGCGAGGGUGAAAAGCCAGAGGCUGACAAAAGUGUAGAGAGCCAAAGGAAAGAGUUUUGUGUGAACAGCAGUCCCUGUCUUGCUGGUCACGAUGAAGACAACAAAUCUUGGGACGGUGCAGCUGACAGCCCUAACUUUAAACUCUCCUCAGGAAACAGCCUCACUGCUGUAGGGUUAAAUGAUGUCGCAGGGCUGCAGCUGCCUCCAACGAUGUUUGAGCUCAGAAAAGAAUUCAGAACUCUCACAUGUAAUCCAUCUCCGGGACCCAGCAUCAAUAGUGGCAGCUAUGGCCACAGGGGCCACCAGCAAGACGAAAUCGGUUUGCCCAAAGCGGCGCUUUUAGAGAAGCCUCCCAAGUUGGAAUGUGGUUUAGGGGAGGAGUAUAUGAUCCAGGUGAAGAGGAAAGAGUUGCAUGACACAGAGCUGGACUGGUUUGCUGACAUGGUCCCGGACAUCAAACCUCCGUCAGCACUACUGAUUCUGCCAGAGCUGGGGGCCCAUCCUGUCAUUCAGAACAACUUUAACACAGUCUCCGGCAGCGAAUGCGAUGCACAGUUCUCUUCUAAAUUUGCAGCAGCUGAAAUUACAGAGGUGAGAAUUUGGAACUUGGAUACCUCUCUUUGUUCAACAUGUUGUAUCAGUUUUAAAAAAUAAAAUAUUAUAGCUGGUUUAGGAUACAGCCCAUGGUCUUUCUCAAAGUAAUGCUAGAAAAAAGAAAUCGUGAGGUUUGUGAGCCACACUGUGUUGGCCACCAGGACUUUAGAGGGAUGGAGUCUCUGCCUUCAUCAUCCCUUUUGUACUACUCUUCUACGUAAAGUGUAUCAACACUGAUAGCCAAUAAAAACUAAUGGCUCUUAGCAGCUUAGCUGUGCAACAUUUGUUUAUUACAGAGCUUGUUGGUAUGAUUAAUGCAUUUUAUCUUUAUUCUAGGUGGAUGUUGGCUGGGAACAAGAUGAGCUGAACUGGGAAGAUGAUGCCAACUGGUGA